AUGGCGCCAGCCCCGACCGACUCGCCAUCGCAGGCAGAUACUCCCAUGACAGACGCAUAUGAUGACGUUAUUCCGUCGAUUCCUGUCGACAGUGCUGACGCGCCUCAGAGCUACCAAGACACCCCCGACUACACGGAUUCCGACACAAACCCCAACACAACUGCUAGCAGCGUCGCAGGCGACCUCCAAGCAGAUGGCCGCCGUCGCAGAUCGGAGGCUAUACAGCUGAGGAAAAGCAUUCUGGGGAAGAAGCACGGCCGUUUGGACGAGUCUAAGGAAGAUGACUCGAUUCGCCGAUUCCGCUACCUUCUCGGUCUCACUGACCUGUUUCGCCACUUUAUCGAGACCAACCCCAAUCCCCGUAUUAAGGAGAUCAUGGCCGAGAUUGACCGUCAGAAUGAAGAGCAGGCUGGAAAGGCUCGCAAGGGCACUUCGCGCUCUGGUGGUGCGAGUGGUGAACGACGCCGUCGGACCGAACAAGAAGAGGACGCUGAACUUCUGCAAGAUGAGAAGCGGGGCGGAGACCAUACCACUGUGUUCCGCGAAUCACCCGCAUUCAUCCACGGCCAACUUCGCGACUACCAAGUUGCUGGUCUGAACUGGCUCGUAUCUCUCCAUGAGAACGGUAUUUCCGGAAUUUUGGCCGAUGAGAUGGGUCUCGGAAAGACACUGCAGACCAUCUCGUUUUUGGGCUACCUGCGAUUUAUCUGUGACAUUACCGGACCGCACUUGGUUGCCGUACCGAAGUCCACCCUCGAUAAUUGGAAGCGUGAAUUUGCCAAGUGGAUUCCCGACAUCGAUGUCCUUGUUCUUCAAGGUGACAAAGAUGAGAGACAGCGCUUGAUCAACGAACGUUUGGCGGACGAGAAUUUCGAUGUUUGCAUUACCAGCUACGAGAUGAUUCUUCGAGAGAAAUCUGCCCUGAAAAAGCUUCCCUGGGAGUACAUCAUCAUUGACGAGGCCCAUCGUAUUAAGAAUGAGGAGUCCUCCCUAUCACAGAUCAUUCGCCUCUUCAACUCGCGCAACCGACUGUUGAUCACUGGAACUCCGCUGCAGAACAAUUUGCACGAGCUUUGGGCUCUGCUCAAUUUCCUGCUCCCAGAUGUUUUUGGAGAUUCCGAGGCCUUCGACCAGUGGUUCUCUGGCCAAGACUCUGACCAAGAUACCGUGGUGCAACAACUGCACCGUGUCUUGCGGCCAUUCUUGCUUCGACGUGUGAAGAGUGACGUCGAAAAGAGUCUCUUGCCGAAGCAGGAAAUGAACCUGUACGUUCCUAUGGCUGAAAUGCAGCGGAAAUGGUACCAGAAGAUUCUCGAGAAGGACAUUGAUGCAGUGAAUGGAGCUGGUGGCAAGCGCGAGUCUAAGACCCGUCUGUUGAACAUUGUCAUGCAGUUGCGCAAGUGCUGCAAUCACCCCUACCUGUUCGAAGGUGCGGAGCCUGGCCCUCCAUACACCACUGAUGAACAUCUCGUGUACAAUUCCGGCAAGAUGGCGAUCCUUGACAAGCUUCUGAAGCGCAUGAAGGCGGAUGGCAGUCGUGUGCUUAUUUUCUCGCAGAUGAGCCGUGUGCUCGAUAUCCUGGAAGAUUACUGUGUGUUCCGCGAGUACAAGUACUGUCGCAUUGACGGUACCACAGCUCACGAGGACCGUAUUGCCGCUAUCGACGACUACAACAAACCCGGGUCAGAGAAGUUCAUUUUCCUUCUGACCACGCGUGCUGGUGGUUUGGGUAUCAAUUUGACUACAGCCGACAUCGUGGUGCUGUUUGACAGCGAUUGGAAUCCCCAAGCUGAUCUGCAGGCCAUGGAUCGUGCCCACCGUAUCGGUCAGACCAAGCAGGUGAAGGUCUUCCGGUUUGUUACUGAAAACGCGAUUGAGGAGAAGGUUCUGGAGCGGGCGGCCCAAAAACUGCGCUUGGACCAACUUGUCAUCCAACAGGGCCGGGCUCAGCAGGGCUCUAACAAGGCCGCCUCAAAGGAUGAGCUGCUCGGUAUGAUUCAGCACGGCGCCGCCAAUGUCUUCAGCAACAAAGACGCUGCCGACGGCAGCUCAACGGACUUUACUGAAGACGACUUUGACUCUAUCCUUCGAAAGGGUGAAGAAAGGACGGCCGAGUUGAAUAAGAAGUAUGAAACACUGGGUAUCGAUGACCUGCAGAAAUUCAGCUCCGAGAGCGCAUACGAGUGGAAUGGCAAGGAUUUUACCGACCGCAAAAAGGACAUCGGUAUGACUUGGAUCAACCCUGCCAAGCGUGAGCGCAAGGAGCAGUUCUACUCCAUCGACAAGUACUAUCGUCAGGCGUUGGCCACCGGUGGCCGCACUGCCGACACCAAGCCAAAGGUACCUCGCCCACCAAAGCAGAUUACCAUUCACGACUGGCAGUUCUUCCCACCCGAACUGCAGGAGCUUCAGGCGCAGGAGACUGCCUGGCACCAGAAGCAGAUCGGCCACAAGGCUGAGCUACCAGAGGGCCCAGAGGAAACUCUGAGUGAGCGGGAGGCAGAUCGAGAGCUGGCACAAUACACCAUCGAUAAUGCCCAGCCUCUGACGGAGGAAGAGCAGGCCAAGAAGAACGCCAUGACAGAAGAAGGCUUCUCAAACUGGAACCGCCGUGACUUCCAACAGUUCGUCAACGGAUCAGCCAAGUUUGGGCGCACCGACUACGAGGGCAUUGCCACCGAAAUUGAUAGCAAGGAGCCCGAUGAGAUCGAGGAAUACGCCGCAGUCUUCUGGGAACGCUACACCGAGAUCGAAGAUUACCCCAAGUACCUACGAGUGAUUGAUCAAGGAGAGGAGAAGUUGCGGAAGAUGAACCAUCAGCGCAAGAUGUUGCGCAAGAAGAUGGAAAUGUACCGCGUGCCUCUCCAGCAGCUCAAGAUCAACUACACCGUGUCUACAACCAACAAGAAGGUCUAUACCGAAGAAGAGGACCGCUUCCUACUGGUCAUGCUUGACAAAUACGGUGUCGAGGGUGACGGCUUGUUCGAGAAGAUCCGGGACGAGGUUCGCGAAUCUCCACUGUUCCGCUUUGACUGGUUCUUCCUCAGCCGUACCCCGGUUGAAAUCAGUCGCCGCUGCACGACGCUGCUCAACACCGUUGCUAAGGAGUUCGAGCCCGACACCAAAGACGUCAAGGACACCAAAGCCAAUGGUGAGGGCAAAGGCCGCGGUCGCGCCCGUGACGAGGAAGAAGAAAACGAUGACGCGGCACCUGCAAAGAAGAAGGCUAAGAAUGGCGCCACAGCUAAACAAGCUAAGCCCACCAAGGGCAGCAAGAACGCUUCCACGACGAAUUCUCGGGCGGGCAGCGUUGCCAACGCACCCAAGUCCAAGAGCCGAAAGCGCUGA